AUGUUAGGAUUUUUGUUGAUAUGUUUUCUAAUCAUUGGAUCACUGGUUUAUUUCGUGCAAUCUGUAAAACGUCGAAAAUUGAAACAAGUACCAGUUGAUAAUAAAAAAGUAUUUGGAAAAUGGACUCCUGUUUCAUUUGAAGCACCUCGUCCAGUUCCUUAUCCAGACUGGUCCGUGGAAACGACUCGUCCAUUACCAUAUCGUCCAUUUAAAUAUGGACCUGAUUAUUUUGUUACAAUGGGCAUUAAACAUUUAGAUUGGAAUGAUUGGAUUGAAUUAGAUAAUGAAUGGACAAAAUAUCAUAAUACAAAACUUGCUCGACUUUCAGAAGAUCGAUCUUCUCGUUUAUAUAAAAUAGCACCUGAAGCACAAGAUGCUGCACUUGAAACAAUGGAAUUAUUAAGUGAAUAUUUAGUUUAUCGUUAUCCAUCUCUUUUUGAAUAUCAAUUUAAUAAUAAACAAAAACAAAUUCGAAUUAAAACAACAGGAGAAACAUAUCCUAUUUAUUCCGAUGAUCCACUUAAAUAUGCAUCACUUUUAAUUCAAGAUGAUUUAGCACUUAUGAUGGAAGGAUCUGAUGGACAAUAUUAUCUUAAAGGUGGUAUUAUUAUUAUUCCUGGUUUUUGGCGUCUGGAAGAUAAAUUCAAUAUGCCUCUUGCACAAAUUCAUACGUCAGGUGAUGUACCAAAAUUUGAAGAAAAAUUAAAAUGUAGUAUGGAAAGAUAUUUUCAAAAAAUGUCUCCUCAACAUCCAGUUAUUCGUUAUAAUUAUUUUAUUCAAACAGAUGGUGAAUUAGCUUGGUCAUCUUCAAUUGGAUCAGAAGAUACGUUUGGUAUAGGAUGGGAAAAUGCUAUACCAAAUCCUCCUAUUGAAAAGAUUCAUUUUCGUAGUGAAAGACAAUCACUUAGACGAUUACCAAGAUCAGGCGCAAUUCUUUUUACUAUUCGUCCUUAUUUUAUUCCCGUUGUAGAUAUUGCAGAAGAACCAAAUAUUCCAGGACGAUUAGCUUCAGCUAUACGUAGUUGGCCUGAUGAUGUUGCACGAUAUAAAGGAAAACAAGCUUAUGAAGAUGUUGUUUUAAAAUAUCUUGAUGAAAAACAUGAACAACAAGUUGAAAAUGAUCUUCAAGAAGAUAAUCCAAAACCAUAUCCAUAUUGA